CAGGAUCUCGUAUCCGUUGACCUACUAUGGGCAUAUUGCGCACGGUGGCGGAAGGCGGAGCGGAAGGCGGUAUGAAAGCCUCACAUGCCUCGCUUCAUCCUCCGCCUCUCUACAGCAAAAUGGCGACUGUUGACUACGACUCGUCCGUGGAUCCAGAGAUGGACUUAACCAGCGACGAGGAGUUAGAGAGGGAAGCUGAAGGUUUCAAAGAACAGGGAAACGCAUACUAUGUCAAAAAGGACUAUGCUGAAGCUUUCAACUUUUACACCAAGGCCAUCGACCUCUGCCCAAAAAAUGCCAGUUACUAUGGCAACCGUGCAGCCACAUUGAUGAUGCUGAGUCGCUACAGAGAGGCACUAGAGGAUUCUCAGCAGGCCGUGCGACUAGAUGAUAGCUUCAUGAAGGGACACAUGCGUGAGGGCAAGUGCCACCUGCUGCUUGGCAAUGCAAUGGCCGCCAUCCGCUGCUUACAGAAAGUUUUAGAGCGGGAACCAGACAACAGCCAGGCCCAACAGGAGAUGAAGAAUGCAGAAUCCAUCCUGGAGUACGAGCGCAUGGCGGAGAUCAGCUUCGAGAAGAGAGACUUCCGGAUGGUGGUGUUCUGUAUGGAUCGGGUAUUGGAUUCUGCGUCUGCAUGCCACCGGUUCAAGGUGCUGAAAGCAGAGUGUUUGGCUUUGCUGGGGAGAUACCCAGAGGCCCAAUCAGUUGCUAGUGACAUUUUGCGGAUGGACUCCACAAAUGGCGAUGCGCUGUAUGUCCGGGGUUUAUGUCUAUACUAUGAAGACUGCAUCGAUAAGGCUGUGCAGUUUUUCGUUCAGGCGCUGCGCAUGGCACCUGACCACGAGAAGGCCCGUCUAGCAUGCAGAAAUGCCAAAGCUCUUAAGGCGAAGAAAGAGGAAGGGAACAAAGCAUUUAAAGAAGGUAGCUAUGAGGAAGCAUAUGAACUCUACACUGAGGCUUUAACCAUCGACCCAAACAACAUCAAAACCAACGCCAAGUUAUACUGCAACCGAGCCACUGUCGGUUCCAAGUUAAAUAAACUGGAGCAGGCCAUUGAGGACUGCACAAAGGCCAUUAAACUGGACGAGACCUAUAUUAAAGCUUAUUUGAGAAGAGCCCAGUGCUACAUGGACACAGAGCAGUAUGAAGAAGCAGUCAGAGAUUACGAGAAGGUUUAUCAAACAGAAAAGACUAAAGAACACAAGAAUCUGUUGAAGAACGCUCAGUUAGAGCUGAAGAAAAGCAAGAGGAAAGAUUAUUACAAGGUUCUCGGGGUGGAUAAAAAUGCCACUGAAGACGAAAUCAAGAAGGCGUACCGCAAACGAGCCCUGAUGCACCACCCAGACCGACACAGCGGUGCGAGCGCUGAGGUGCAGAAAGAGGAAGAGAAGAAGUUUAAAGAGGUCGGCGAGGCCUUCACUGUGCUCUCCGACCCCAAAAAGAAGACACGAUAUGACAGCGGCCACGACCUGGAGGACGAUGACAUGAACAUGGACUUUGAUGCCAACAACAUCUUCAAAGCAUUCUUUGGCGGCCCUGGUGGGUUUAGUUUUGAAGCAUCUGGACCUGGAAACUUCUUCUUCCAGUUCGGUUAGCUUGGGCAUUGUCCAGCACGUAUGCAGUAGUUCCACAACCUCUGAAUUCCCCCGAAACCGAACUGCUCUCCUCCAUCCCUGCUCUCCUGAUGAACGACACUCUGGUGAAUCAGGCCUUCGGGCGCCACAGUUGGACCUGCAUCUGUGCCAUUGGCUUGUUUUUUUCCUGCUCGCGCACAAAAGACAACAACGGCAGGGGCAGACCAUACUCUACCACCUCACACUACUCUCUCUCUUUCUCUCUCACUCCGAUCAGUGUGUCCUCUUAAUCCAGCUUUUCUUUUAUCAUUUGGUUUUCUUAAUCCACAAUAUCGAAUGUACCCAAGUGCAUCAUUUCCACAUUUAUUAUUUUGGAAAAAAAAAAUCUUCAGUUUAACAGCUGAUGUUUGGGGGGGAACUUAAGAAGGUGCUACUUGCAAAUCUCCUGUUUCUCCUUGACCGAUCGCAAAAUGCUCCAUAUCAUCCAAACUAAGACAGAUUUUAAUGAAAAAGCAAGGUGUAUCACAGGAGUUUCAUUACUACUAGUGACGUAUAGAUUGUCUAAACCUGUACAAAGCCAGAAUCCACACAGAUUAUAUACAUGCAACAUUGCAAGCCAUUUUAAAGACCUCAGCAAACAUGAAUGCAGCGCCUCAUGCCAAAUCUCAUCACAUAUAUAUAUAUAUAUAUAUAUAUAUAUAUAUAUAUAUAUAUAUAUAUAUAUAUAUAUAUAUAUAUAUAUAUAUAUAUAAAAACACGCAAGUCGAUUCCUGGAUUGUUCGACUACUGCAUACAGAGGUUGAGAGAAAGCGAGUGCAAGUUUAUCUUUUAGCACCUGUUGGCCACGUUCCCUCUCUGUAAUGUUCAUUUUUUUCGUCAUAUGUUGCCAUUCAAGCCCUUGCUGCAUUGUACAUUUUACUGGAAUGUAAAGUGUUUUUUUGUUUGUUUUGUGUUGAUAGUUUAUGACUGUUUAAUUUUUUUUUUUAACUCUGAAAGACACUCACAUUUUUGAUAUGUAUAUUUAUUGUAAAUUCGCUGGACGUGAGCUUCGGACGGAUGGAUGGAUGAUCUUUGGAUACACUAGGAUCUGUAUAGGUUAAACUGUAUAGGGGAGAGAGUAUUUUUAGCCAACACUCAUAAUAAUAAUAACAACUUCUGAUUUAGAGAGGAAAAAUGGAGAUUAUUGAUCUGGUUAUUUGUGGAUUUGAUUCCAUUUACUCUGCUGUGUGCGUGCGCGCGUCUGUUUGUCUGUGUGUGGAUGUAAGUAAACUGCAGGCAUGAUCAGUGAGCCAUGUUUGGUGAUCUCUACUGUUUUAACUAAGUGUUCCUCCACGUUGGAUGCUGCAGAUUUGUCGCGCUCCACCAUUCUCUUGCUGUAUUUGACCUGGCCGUGUAGUUCGUUCAGAAAACGUAAAUUCGUCUGGAAUAUGUUCACGUUGCUCAUCUUGAAAGAUCUUCAGUGUAUUCAAAAGAUAAUGUCCAUGCUGACUUGGCUCACGCCGCUGGAACAGUCUCGACUAUGGACCGUUUUUAAAGAAAAAAAGCCAUGUAAAUAAAGUAAGCCUCUUUCUGUUUUCCCCUUCACCACAUGCUUAACUUUUAUGUCUCCAAUACAUUUUUAAAAAGAUA